UCUGGAAAACACAAGAAGACUGUAUGAGGCUGUGGACUAAUCUCUACUGCAAAACACAGUUAAGACAUUUGUACUGAUUAUGCUAAUUAGCCACAGCCUGCUUGACCUUUCACUGUUAAGGUUUCCUUAUUUCAGAAUGUCGGGGUGGAAGCAAAAGUUCCACUUCCAGAAAUUACUUCAGGAAGGGCAAAGAAAGAGGAACUGUUGCAACGAUGUAAUUAAGCACACGUGAAAAUUUGAUUUUGACCUUUCUUUAUCACCUUUACACAGCAACAUGUUUGAUCUGUUGCCCUUUGGUACAUUAGUAAAGGAUUAACACCAAAACAGAAAUCAGUGUUAUCUAAAGGUUACCCAUUAUUACAAUAUUAUUACGAUAUUUUGGCCACAUGUGCAGUAUCUGGACUGUAUUAUUUUUCUACCCAAACACACAUUUUUCAAGAUAAAGCUAGCACAAGCAAUGUAUUCUUGUUAAAUUUCAAAAUAAACAGAAAAAAAUGUACAUUGUUUUGCAUAUAGUGUAUUGCUCAUUAUGUUACUUUCAAAAGUAAUAAUAUUACAGUAGUUAAUUACUUCCAAUAUUGUGUACGUGUACAUGUAUGCAUAUCUGUUUAAGGUCAAGUGUUCCCUGUAUUACAAACACUAUUUUAGUUGACGUCAUCUAGUAUUUUUGAGUCUAUGCAUCAAACUUUGGCCGCAGGAACACACGUACUGACAGAGAGGAACACUUUUUAUGGAUCAACAGGGGAAGGAGGCACAUGGCUCCUCCCUGAGAGUAUGUGAAAACAUUCCAGCAAAGUGGGAGCAGACAAAGAAUCGGAAACCCUCAAAGCGGCCUCUCACUUUAUCCGUCCUUCCUACCUUUUUGCACAGUCUGCUCUCCAUGGCACACUUGACUCAAGGGUUUGCAGUUCUGUAGUGGAUCCCACAGGAAAGGGACUCUUGGGAGCUCUCAUCUCAAUCUGAGCAGACAAAAAAAACGAGCUGUCCCACUGAUCAGAAAACAAUGAAAGUGCUGUUCUUUUUCAUCCUCUCUACCGCCUGGACUUUAAUUGGAGCUCAGCAUUACUACCAGGGGCUGAUGGAUUAUCUGGAGAACAGAUUGUUGGCUAUUGAGGACCGCAUGCAGUUGUGGCGCGACCAGUUCCAUCACUACCACAUAGAGACGCUGGACUUUAAAAAGCUGACGGCCGAGGUCAUGGACGGGUUGAGGAAGGAGCACGGCCUGAUCGCCAAAGAUCUGGAAGGCGCUGCGGAGCGAAUGGAUCGGGUGGAGCGGGAGAUGGAGUACGUGGAGUCCCAGACCUCCCCGCGGGCCUGUGCUAAGCAGGCCGACAAGGUGGUGGAGCAGGAGGCCUGGGGGCCACAGGAGCGAGAGGAAGAGGAGGAGGAAGACUGGACAGAGCUGCACUCCAGAGUGUCUGACUGUGCAGACAUUUUUUCCAGCAUCAGAUCAGUGAAGAUCCUGAAGAGAGUGGGCAGCCCCAAAGGCAUGUGGACCACAGAUCCAAGGUCAUCCAAGGUUUACGUCUUCAACGGCACCUCAGGAGAUACCGUCUUCCAGUUCAGCUCCGUGCGGGACUUCUCUCGCUCCCUGGGAGUCUCAAACAGCAAAAUCAUCAAGCUUCCCUCGGAGUGGAGUGGCGCUGGUGGUGCUGUUUAUAACGGCUAUUUGUACUACAUUAAACAACAUGCAGACACUGAUGUGCAGAUAGUAAAAUACGAUCUGUUCAGCGGUUCUGUAACAGACACGGCCAUAUUUCCCGUGGAAAGCCGUGCCAGUCUGUACAAACUAAACCCAGAGACCACCGCAGACCUUGCAGCAGAUGACGAGGGGCUCUGGCUUCUUUAUGCUUCCAGUGACAGUGAGCCCAACAUCAGCCUCGCCAAGAUGGACGCCUCCACACUGGACAUAGAGGAAACCUGGGACACCAGGUGUCCGAGGGAGAAGGCAGAGGCGGCGUUCGUCAUCUGCGGGACGGUGUACGUGGUUUACAACACCCGCUUGGCCAGCCGUUCCAGGGUGGAGUGUCUGUUCGACGUGAACGACGUGGUGAUCAGCGAGGAGGCCCCUCUGCUGUACUUCCCGCGAAGAUACGGCUCCCAUGCCAGCCUGAAGUACAACCCUGGAGAGAAGCAGCUUUAUGGCUGGGACGACGGCUACCAAAUCAUUUACAGACUGACAACAAAGAGGAAAGUCUUAGCUUAAAACAACAGUCUGUAAGAUGGAUUUUGAAGAGGAAGAUCUUAUACGUAACAUCGCAAUACUUGAACAUGCAUUUUCUCUCAUAAGAAUGACAAAAAAAGGUCAACAUAUUCAACAUUAUCUCCAUCAUAUGGUGUAAGAAAUCUGUUGUAUGUAUGUGGGAUAAACGACCAAAAUCUUGCAAAGAAAAAAGAGACAUUUUUGCAUAAGU